UAUAUCUAUAAGCUCAAUAGCGAAUUGCAACAAUUUAUCAGCUCAAUAAGAAAUUAUAAAUAAGUGAAAUAAAAACAGUGAUGAAGGUUAAAUUGGCCAAUUUGAAGUUCAACGCACAUGAUAUUAAAAAAUGGCGUAAUUUGAAUAUGCAAAAUAAAGCCAUAUACAGUCAUAAAAAAUUCACGAAGUUUUCGGUGUUGUGUAUGCUAAUUUUAACAUUAUAUCUGUUUUGCGAUCCAUUCAAUUAUACAACCAAUGUUUAUCACACAAUCCUUUACGGAGUGGAUAAAAAUGUCAAAGACGGGUUUUCUUUAGGCCCAGCGCAAUCAAAAUAUUACAUCCACACUUCACAAUGCUGUAUGCCUUAUGUGAACCCCUUUUCCGCGGAAGCGCUAAAAAUAUUUAGACCAGAAAAUUAUGACUACACUAAUUGCACCAGCGAUGAAGCUUUCAUUACAAGCAGCUAUCAGCUAAAUGCACGACAAUACCUUCUACACAUGAAUAUGGAGGCCAUAGAGCGUGCCGUUAAACCGUUAAAUGCCACCGCUACGGAUGUCCGUUGCUGUUAUCAGCAAAUUGUCAGAGCUGGAAGUGGCGGAACGGCUGAUAAAGAGCACAAUCUUUUAAAUUGCACCACAUUUCAACAAGACUUUCUGGUUCCCAUACAUAUAGAGUAUAUAGUUACUGAGUGUUUUAUUGACACGAAACCGAUUCAAGCGGACGCCUUCUCAUUUAUACAAACACAAAAGCUUUUGAACAGCUCUAAAACUAGUGCGAACAUUAGAAGUGCAAAACCGUCGACUAUAAGAAAGCCGAGCAUACUCCUAGUAGGCAUUGAUAGUAUGUCACGCAUAAAUUUAAGACGCACAAUGCCGCUGACUGCUAAGUAUCUGGAAAUGAGCGAGGAAUGGAUUGAAUUUCAAGGUUAUAAUAAGGUCGGUGAUAACACUUUUCCAAAUUUGAUGCCGCUGCUAACGUCUUACAAUGAAUCAAUGGCACAUGAGAAAUGCAAGCCUACAACGGUAGGCGGACUUAACCAACCUGUUUGUAACUUUAUUUGGAAUAAUUUUAAACAAGCCGGUUACAUAACGGCAUAUUCGGAGGAUGUGGUGUCUAUAAAUACAUUUAAUUAUAAAAAAAUAGGAUUUGAACAUCCACCAACCGAUUAUUAUCUACGUCCCAUGACAUUGGGGAUUGAAAAAACGCUGAAAGUACAAUCUAAAGAUGGUCUACCAUACUGUGUUGGACGCCGUCAUUACGGCGAUUACAUUUUCGAUAGUGCCUUACAAUUCGCGAAUGUGUUUACCGAACAGCGCACCUUCGGACUGUUUUGGACGAACUCAUUCAGUCAUAAUGCUUUCGAUACGGCAGCCACAAUGGAUCUGAAGGUGCUGGAGUAUCUUCAGAAAUUUAAAAGUGAAGGUAUACUGGAUCGCUCGAUUGUGUUAUUUCUUUCGGAUCAUGGUGUACGUUGGGGUUCAUUAGUGAAAUUAACAUCUGGCUUCUUAGAAGAACGUCUACCAAUGUUUUUCAUAUCACUACCACCGUGGUAUCAAAACGAACAUCCAGAUUUCGUCAAAAAUCUAAAAAUUAAUCAGCAUCGUUUAACGACACCCUACGACAUUUAUGCCACACUCAAACACAUACUUGAAGAAGCGGAUUCUGAAAUACAAGUACCUUAUGUUAACGGCUCUACAUCUGGUUAUAGUAUUUUUCGUGAAAUACCCGAGGAACGGACCUGUGAGGAUGCUAGCAUUCCCGAACAUUGGUGUACUUGCAUAUCAUAUGAAACUGUACCUGUAAGUGAUGCAGUCGCAAAGAAUGUAACGGCACUAGUGUUAGGCGAAAUGAAUCAAUAUCUGGUUAAUAAGAAUAUUAGCGAUAUAUGUGCCGAAUUAAAAUUAGAAAAGAUCAAUAGUGUUGAAAUGAAAAUGAUCAAAGUAUCAAAUGAGUCCACAUAUCGUAUAAAUUUCGAAGCGAAUGCGGAGAAAGCGAGAUUUCAGGCUACGGUGGUUUAUAAUAUAACAACAAGUACAAUUAAAACAGACGUGGAAGUGAUCUCGCGUCUGGAUUCGUAUGCAAGAACUUCCAAGUGUAUUGAGGACGAGGAGAAGAAGUAUUGUAUUUGUAAAAAUAACACAAGGACAAAGCUAUAAACGAUAUUUAUCAGUUUCAA